UGUCAGGUUAAAAAGAUGAUGAAGAACGUCAAGAAGGCGUCGCCAGAGUUCGCGAUAUCUGAAACGUUCGUGUGGUGGGACAUGGACAGCUGUCCACUCCCCAGUGGUUAUGACCCAUGUCGGCUGGGUCCGAGAAUAGACACGGAGUUGAAGAAUCUAGGCUACAAUGGUCCGCUCACCAUCAUUGGCAUUGGUAACCUGGAAGGAGUCCCUCACGACUUCCUGAAAGCGCUCUCUUCAGGUGGAGUCGUUAUUAAACAGCUUCAACUAGGAUCCAACAUGAUUCUAUGUGUGAACGAGGCUUUGAAUUCGUCUGAAAGUCGUUUUCAACCUCCGUUGACAAUGAUGGUCAUAUCUGCCGUCCAUGCUGAUCUAUUGGAAGAAGUCGUUUCCGUGUUUUAUAUUCGUGGCGCCCUUUACAAUCUUCUUCUGGCUUAUCCGUACGUUACCGAACAUGCUGACCCAGAGCCUUCUUCCCUACUAGUCGACAACUUUGGUGGAGAGUGGGUCUGGGAUAGGUUUGGCUUACUGAAAGAUUCAGGGUCUGCCAAUGAGAUUAGGAGACAGGACACAGGCUGUGAAAUGCAUUUUUGCGGAUUAUGCGAUCUUUCUUUUCCCAGCUUUGAUGAUUUCACCACGCACUUCAAAACUCCCCCACAUACAGAUAAGAUGGAUAAGUAUCUUAGUUACCUUGCGUGGAAGUUUAAUCGUGAAGCAGAAUCUUAUGAGGCCCAUAAGCUUAGAGAGCCUUAUCUUGCAAAAGUGAAGGCAAAAAGGCUAGAGUUUAUAGAGUUUGACAAUUAUUUUAAAGAUGAUGAUGAGGAUGAUGAUAUUCCCAAGACUGAGAAGUCAAAAAGGUUGAAGAAGCCUAAGAUGCAAUCAAAGGGAAAAAGAUUCAAGUUUGGCCUUCUUUGUAAGUCUUCCUCUCUAAAGAAAAAUCCUACUGCCAAGGCGAAGAAGUUAUCAAAGGCAAGUUUUCUAACAAAUCCGAUUUCCUGUAAACAACUAUGAUUUCUCGUAAACAACUAUGACUAAGACAUUUACAUCUCUCAUUUUUGUUUGCUUACUUUUUUUUUUUUUAACUAGAAGCUAUCAAAGGCAACUAUAAAGCUAUCAAAGGCACGUUUUUGUAACAAAUCUGUUUUCUCAUAAACUACGACUAAAACAUUUAGAGCACCCCCAAUGGGGCUAUUUUAAGAACCUUUUGGUUAGAACGCCCCAUUGGGGGGUGCACUUACAUCUCUCAUUUUGGUUUACUGGAUUUUCUUUUUUGGGUGCUACAACAUUGCAGUUGGAGAUUGCAGAAGAAGCUUAGUGCUCCUUUCCAAAGAAUGCUACUACAAUGUUCUCCUAGAGAGGCGUCUUUUAUCUUAAUGAAAGAGAGUUGUCUUGUUGUUCUUUAAAGGCCAUUUCGUAUGGUGAAAAGUUUGU